AUGUCUCCAGCUCCAGCUCCUGCGCAGGCACCUGCUGCUCCUGUUCCCACUGCUGCUCCUGCCAAUCCAGAGGACAUUGAAGGUCUGAGAAAGGAUGACUACAUCCGACUGAAGGAAGAGGAGCGCAUAGCCAAGGAAGAAGCGGAUAAGAAGAAGGCGGAGGAAGCGGCCAAAAAGGCAGAAGAGAAGAAGAAAAAAGAUGAGGAGAAAAGGUUGGAGGCCGAGAAGAAAGCCGAGGAGGAGAGACUGGCAGAGGAGGCCAAGAAGAAAGAAAGGAUCCUCCCAGAAAUCAGCUGCUCCUGCUUUGACGUCCUCUUCCAUCCAGUGGAGGAAAAAAUGGAUGUCAUCUUGGGGACCACCAUUGAUCCUUUCACAGAUCGUCGGUACAUUUCCUGGUUGAGCUUCGUGGCAUUGGCGUACAAUUACAACAUCUGGUUUUGCUCCGCCAGGCUGGCUUUCCCUUACCACGGUGAAACUGUCAACCGCUACUGGAUAUUCCUCGACAUUCUUAGCGACAUUGUAAAUAUAAUAGACAUCGUUGUUUGGCAGCCUCGCCUUCAGUUUGUCAAAGCUGGAGACAUCAUUAAAGACAGAGCUUUGACUAAGCUACAUUAUCGAAAAUCACAUCAAUUUAAGACUGAUAUAUUCAGCAUCCUCCCCUUCGACCUGCUCUGCCUGUACUUUGAAUUCUCCUCGUUUUACCGACUGAACCGCUUCAUCAGGAUUGAUUCCUUCUUUGAGUUCAGUGAUCGACUUGAGAGUGUCAUGGCCAAAGCUUACAUCUGGAGAGUUGCCCGCACCACAGGCUACCUGCUCUUCAUGCUUCACCUCAACGCCUGUGCUUACUACGUUGCCUCAGUGCACCAGGGUCUUGCCACAACUACAUGGGUGUAUGACGGGAAUGGCACAGCGUACCUGCGUUGCUACUACUUUGCAGUUCGCAGUCUGAUCAACAUCGGGGGUUUACCAGAACCUGUAACCACCUUUGAGAUUUCCUUUCAGAUGGCUAACUUCUUUAUCGGUGUCUUUGUGUUCUCGAGUUUGAUCGGACAGAUGAGAGAUGUCAUAGGAGCAGCUACAGCAGCUCAGACAUACUUCCGGGCGUCAAUGGACGGAUGUGUUGCCUACAUGAACACCUAUACGAUCCCCAAGCUAGUCCAGAACAGAGUCCGCACCUGGUACAACUACACCUGGGCAGCUCAGGGAAUGCUGGAUGAGUCCGAGCUGCUGGACAAGAUGCCUCUGGUGAUGAGAAUUGCCAUUGCUGUGGACAUCAACCUUGCCACAUUCCAGAAGAUUGCAUUGUUCCAGGGCUGUGACCAGCAGAUGUUAGUGGACAUGUUACUGAGGCUCAAGUCAAUCAUUUAUCUACCCGGAGACUUUGUUGUGAAGAAGGGUGACAUCGGUAAAGAGAUGUACAUCAUCAAAAGUGGAGCGGUGCAGGUGGUGGGAGGACCCGACAACAGCAUUGUGUUUGUGACGCUGAAGGCCGGCUCCGUGUUUGGGGAAAUCAGUUUACUGCAGUCUGCUAAAGAUGGAGGAAACAGGCGCACAGCCAAUGUAAAAGCUCACGGCUUCGCUAACCUUUUUGUGCUGGAGAAGAAAGACCUGUUUGAUAUCCUCGUCCACUACCCGGAGUCUGAGAAGGUGCUGGCCAGGAAGGGCAGGAAACUAGUCAAAGCCAAAGGAGCUGUACCUGCUAAAGGUAAUGAGGAGAAGCAGAAAGGACUGGCUCUGUUUGGACCAAAGCCACCAACGCCCAAGCUACUCAGAGCCUUUGCAAAUAUAAGAAAACUCAAGAAAAUGGAAGAGACGAAAUAGGAAGUGGAUGUGGAGUGUUAUUGAGAGUCACAAUUUUAAAGUUGGUAUCUUCUACUCUUCCAUUGCUACCAAAAGACCCAUAAUGGAACCGGUCUACAGCGACCAGAAGAGCUGUUGUGAAUCAGCGGUUUAUGUGACCUGAUACUCUUCAGUUCAAACGUCUGCUGGAAGCAGCAAAGUGCUAUGAUCAGAAAGCAAUAAUAAUCUCCCCUACACUCAAUAUACACAGAACCGUCUGUGACAACAGGAGAGGACAACUGUUUGAAAUUUGUGUCAUGCAAAUGAUCGACUUUUCAUAUUAAAAAAGAAAAAGGCAAAAAUUAUCCUCAGUUUCAUUAUUAGGUGUUCAGGGUGAUGCGAAGCUCUUCCAUCCCUGACUGGAAUU